UAGCCUGUCUGGCGACGUCACUGACGGUCAGCUGGUUGAAUGUUUACAGCUGGAGGCGAAUAGAUCCCAAAUACUGAGCUUACAGAACCCGGUAUCUAAAUCGAGUCCGGUAUCGGAUACAGCAAAAGAGCAGCAACAGGGAAAAGAAGGAUAUCAGAAUUAGACCAUGGGAGGAGCAGUGAGUGCUGGUGAGGACAACGAUGAGCUAAUUGACAACCUGAAGGAAGCACAGUAUAUUCGUACAGAAGUGGUGGAACAAGCGUUUCGAGCCAUUGAUCGUGCAGACUAUUACCUUGAUGAAUUUAAGGAUAAUGCAUACAAAGACUUGGCAUGGAAACAUGGUAACAUCCACCUGUCUGCCCCCUGUAUAUAUUCAGAGGUGAUGGAAGCCCUGGAUCUUCACCCUGGAUUGUCCUUCCUCAACCUGGGCAGUGGCACUGGUUAUCUCAGCACAAUGGUUGGACUCCUCUUGGGGCCCUUUGGUGUUAACCACGGUGUGGAACUUCAUGCAGAUGUGAUAGAAUAUGCAAAACAAAAGCUGGAUCAGUUUGUCCGCACCAGCGACGGCUUUGACAGAUUUGAGUUCUGUGAGCCUUGCUUUAUUGCUGGUAACUGUUUAGAUAUUUCUCUGGACUCCUCCUCUUAUGACAGAGUGUACUGUGGGGCGGGGGUGCAAAAAGAACAUGAAGAAUACAUGAAAAACCUUCUGAAAGUUGGCGGUAUCCUAGUCAUGCCGUUAGAGGAAAAGCUCACUAAGAUUACACGCACUGGGCUAUCUACCUGGGAAAUUAAGAAAAUUCUGGCAGUAUCAUUUGCGCCACUCAUACAGCCCAAUAAAGUGGACUGCUCAAAGUCAAAAAGUCUCAAACUGCCCCUACCUAAUGUGCGCACCUUGCAGGAUUUGGCUCGCAUUACCAUACGAAGUCGUAUAAAGAAGAUAAACCAGGAGACAUGCAGUAAAGUAUGUGGUGUUCUGAAGAACCCCCCUCGCUAUAAGCGGAAGCGUCUGCGGAGGCGCCGCAUGGAAACCAUAGUCUUCCUUGACAAAGAGGUGUUUGCUAGCAGAAUUCCUAAUCCUUUUGAUGACGACCACAACAACAACUACUAUGAAGAGGUGGAGGAAGAACCCAAGGAUGAUGAUGAAAAGGGGAUGAAUGAACCAAAAGCAGACCCUCCAUUUAACUUCCUCCGUGAGAAGAUCCUGUGUCUUCCACUUCCCGAUCCUCUGAAAUAUUAUCUGCUUUAUUACAGGGAAAAAUAAAUCUAAAUGUAAUUAGAACAAUACCAAGCUAUUUCUCCCUAAUGUCUUUUAGGGCUCUGCAGAUUUGUACCAGUUAAUUUCCACUUCCACUUUGACUGGUUUUAACAAUCUUGUGUGUGUCCUGGAGUGAUCUUCACAAAAUGGUUUGGUGGUGAGAGAAUGCCACAGGUUGCUUGUUUUACAUGUAUUUUGGCUGUUGAUAUGUUCCCUGGGCACAGUAGGAAAGUGGUGCAUUGUGCUUUUGUAUUUCAAAUCUGGGACAAACUGGUGAUGGUGUAGAAACAAGGAAUGGACUAAAAGGGUAAUUUCUAACCAGCUUACCUAGAUUGCGGCUUCUCUUCCAGAGUGUGGAGGCUUUGAGGAUCAAUUGCCAAGAGCGGCCUAAAAGCCCUGUUGCUUCUACUACAAACUAUUAAAACACAACUGCUUUACUUGCAUUUGGUGCAGACUUAUGUAAAUAUGAACAUUUAUGGGCAGUAACUUGUGUUUAGAUGCAUUAUUCCUCUGCACUGCACCACCUGUAUAGGUGCCAACAUGUCUCGGUAUGUUUGGGAAUAAAUGUAUACCUUGAUACCAUUGUAUUAAUGCUAAAACUGACUUUAUAAAAAGUUCACUUGGUAUAUCACUGUAGUAGAGUUAAUCGGUGAAGUGGAGCCAUUGUUUGUUUAUUCAAAAGUGCUAAACAAAAAAUGGCAUUAUGUUCUCUAGAUCUUUAGAAUGCAUUUCUUAGAAAGUUUCAGGUAGAUGGGACUCAAUUACUCAUCAACUGCAACAUGGAGCAAGAGUUAUGGCUUUGAAGUAAUUUGGGCCAUCGAUGAACAGAUAAAAUAAAAUAUGUGACUAGUGCAUGAUACAGACUCUGUUUUUAUAGUAAGAGGAUUGUUCAUAGAGACAGCAAUUACUCAAACAUUUUUUUUUUAGUGCUAUUAUCCAAGGGUAAAUAUUUGCCCUGUUAACAAGCAGAAACUAGCCACCUGUCCUAGAACGGUCACCUAGCAGUAGCGUUCAAUAUUAAGUCAUCAGUACUUGACCUGUUAGUUAUUUCUUUAAGGAAAACAGAAUCCUGCACUUAUGUGGUUUAUUCAGUAGGUGGAGCUCUGUCCAAAACAAGCAAUGUGCCACUAUUGUUCAGCUGUAAAUUUUGUUACGAAGUGUUACUUUGCACAAGUCUGUUUAGAAAUAUAACGUAACACACAAAAAUCUUUGAAAACAUUUUGUAGUAUACUUGGGUUUUAAAAAAAAAGUGUCCAUAAUUAUCUUAACUAACGUUUAGCAUGCUUGUGACUUGCUUACCUUGGUAUUUUUAGGUUGUGUGCAUUUCUCUCUUGUGUAUACUCUGUGCCAGGACUAUAAUGCAGCACAGGAGGCUAAUGUGCUUGCUUGUGACAGCAGAUCAUAUGCACAUUUAGGUAUACUAGCAUACUACCAUGACAACAUGUGAGCAAAUACAAGAAUACUGCAAAGAUUGUACAAAUUGGCUUUAUAAAGUCUAAAAGGGACUGAGAAAAUUGUAAAGUUAAUUUGAUAUAUUGUGCCAUCCUCCUAAAUACAGCCUUGCUUAGCCAUCUGUUCUAGUGACCGUUUGCUAUGUUCUAGUGUGCUAUGUAUUGGAUAGCACACACAUUUAUUAACAACUUUCCAAUUUACUUAUUUGAACAAUUUUACUUAGUUUCCUUGGUAUUCUUUGUUCAAGUGUAAUCCUAUGUGUGCUCAGGGGGCAUGCAUGUGUCUAGCUAUCUGGCAGCAGCAUUUCCAACAAUGUUUUUAGCAAUAUUCUAAAUAGUUGCAAACUGCUGCCAAAGAGUGGUGAAGACACGUGCACACUCUUGAGAGCCUUUUCAGAUUUACUCUUCAAUAAAGGAUACCAAGAGCAGAAAGUAAAUUGGAUAAUUAGAAGUAAAUUGGAAAGUUCUGUCUGGAUCAUGAAGAUUUGAUUUUGACUUUACUGCGCUUAUCUGACGCACGCUAAAUUUGAUUCUGCUCAAGUGAAUAAGUAGUUCACUUAUCCCAUCUGCGUCCCACAUUCUGUGCUGCUCAGUACUGAGAUAUCCGUUCAUUACCCCAUAGAGAUUGGGGACCAUUUACUUCUUAUGAUUUGUGUCAUAAACAUAUAUGUUCUUUUACUUCACUGUGUUUCAGAUAUAUAUUGAAAUAAAUUAACCUGUAACUGAAUUGGACAAUGUAUAGCUAACACUUUUUUUCAUCUGUAUUUAUUUCAAGCAGGAUCUAGUUUAGUACGUUGCCUUUAAAAGCCUCUGGUCUAUUUUGUUAGAAUCUUGCGUAAUUGCUAGCUCUGGGCGAUUUAACAGGAAAGUCUAUUUCCCUGAUGAAAACUUACUAUAUACUUUUUUUUGCCCAAGGUAAGGGACCCAAAUAUGAUCAAAGAAGUCAUACCAUUUGCUUUUGUUAAUUUACCAAAGGAUUUAUGUACUUUCAGGUGUAGCAUUCUUUUAAUUUUACUUAGAGGUGACAUCUGAUGCGUUCAGUUGCUCUUUCUUGUUUGUUUUGACAUAUUUGUUUAUAAUUGUCUUUAUAUUGCUGUAAUCUUUAACGUAAAUAUAAAUAACUUUUUUUUUUUUCAUAAA